AUGUCUAUAUUCCGUGGAAUAACAAAAUUAUUAAAUAAUUCAAUUAUAUUCAAACAAAAGUAUUCAAGAAAUGUUAUUGUUAAUUUUACCAGACCAAAACAAACAUUCGCACCUUCUCUCAAGUUGCAAAAACCACAAAGAAAAGAACCAGGUGAAAUUUAUAAAUGGAUUUUACUAAUGAUUCCAGUCACAUCAUUUGGUUUGGGAUGUUGGCAAGUUUAUCGUCUGCAGUGGAAACUUGAACUCCUACAAAUACUGAAAUCUAAAUCAAGUGCAACACCUGUUCCUAUGCCAGAAAAUUUCAAUGAUUUACAAACCAUGGAAUUUAGACCAGUCAGAGUUCAAGGAGAAUUCUUACAUGACAAAGAAAUUCUUAUUGGCCCAAGAGCACUGAUUGAAAAUGAUGUUGCAGUACCUAGGGCUGGAUCCCUGGUAUCGGAUCCCAAAAAAAAUCAGGGAUACUUGGUUGUUACACCUUUCAAGCUUUCCCGUAAUGGGGAAAUCAUUCUUAUAAACCGAGGUUGGAUCCCACAAAAUUUGCGACCCAAGGAAAAACGGCGGGCUUCUAUGGUAGAGGGAGAAAUUACACUUAAUGGCAUAGUACGUCUUACAGAAAGUAGAAGUCCUUUCAUGCCUAAGAAUAACCCAGAGAAGGGAUCUUGGCUGUACAGAGAUUUGCACCAAAUGAGCGCCUACUUGGAUUGUUCCCCGGUUUGGUUAGACGCUCAAGGUAUCAGCGACCCACCAGAAGGCUGGCCUCUACCAAACCAAACAAGAUUUACUAUGAGAAAUGAACAUCUUUCCUACCUCAUCACCUGGUAUAUGCUGUCUGCUUUCACUGCAGUUAUGUGGCACAGAUAUUUUAUAAGGAAAUUGCCUCUUUUGUAA